AUGACAAAUAUAUCAACAGCAGCAACAAAAACAUCGGCCAUUAAUUUACCGGAAAAUUAUUAUAAAUUUCGCAAAAUACAUAAUAUUCUGGCUCAAAUUUCCCUUCCCUAUAUCUCCGUUAUAGUUUGUCUUGGUCUUAUUACUAAUACAUUAACUAUCGUACUUUUAUCCAAAGGUUUUGUAACAAAAGAUCUUAAACACAAAUGGACAUUGAUUGCAUUAGCUCUCAGUGAUCUUGUUCACAAUAUUGCUUUAUUAAUUCGAGUUAUUCAUGAUGUCAUUGAUGGAAAAAUUGAAUAUAUUUGCAUUGCCAUUUCUUUUCUUAGCCAUUUAGCUGAAUUACUUUCAGCUUGUUUCACCGUUUUAUUCACCGUGCAACGUUAUGCAGCUGUUCGUUAUCCAUUACAAGCAGCUUUUCGAACAAGAUCAUCACCAAUUGCUUUUCUCCUGCCAGUUUUUAUAUGUAGCAUAAUAUUUUGUAUUGCAUUAUCGUAUUUCAAUUUAUACAUCCAUUGUCAUGAAGAAUUGAAAUUAAGUUGGUUCUUUGCUGAUGCAUUGUUAUCAUUUAUCAUUCCAUUUUCACUCAUUCUAAUAUUCAAUAUAUUAAUUGUCAAUUUAAUUCGAAAACAUGCACGUUCACCUUUUACUGCACAAGCAACGUUAUUACCAGCGAAUAGACGUGCCAAAAAUAAUAUACGUUAUAAGUUUAGAAAAAAUAAUCAUUCAAAAGAGAGUUUUUCAAUAACUGGCUCAUAUGGUGUUGCACGUACUUCACAUGGCCCAUUAAUUGAAACAGAUGUUGAUAGAAGAUUAAGCUCAAGUAUUUCAUUGAUGAAGAAUAAUAAAAGUAAUACUUCAUCAAUAAGAAUGACACCACGAUCACCAUGUAGCAUUUCAAAUGAAACGGAAUUUCAAGCAAGUGAACAGUCAUUUCCUAUAUUACCACCAGAAAGAGUAAAUUCAGAUUGUUUACCAAAUACUCAUUCAGUGUCGACUUCACCCCAAACUAAUAAACCAGACCAGGAUGUUCAACGAAAAAGCCAACAUAGAUCUUCGAAUAUAAAUCCUUCACGAAGAGUAUCGCAUCUAUCAAACGAUUUAGAUUUUAUUUCCAAUAAAAGUUCACAAGCAACACAAUCCAUUCGUGUUACACGUAUGCUGGUACUUGUUUCUACUUGUUUUCUUAUACUUAAUGCACCAACACAUUUAUGUAUUAUUGCUUUAAAAAUUUAUACCGGUUUUGAUUUUCAAGUCUCUAAUGAACAUGCAGAGCUUGAUAAAUUUAGACAAGCAAAAAAUUUAACAAGUACUCAAUUGCAAAAUUUUGUUUUUGUUCAAGAGAAAAAUAAUAAAAUGGUUGAAAACAAACUUGUAUUAGACUAUGAUAUGGAUAUUAUUGAUGACCCAAUAACGGUUCAUUUAUUCUAUACCGCCAUUUUAUUCACACAAUUGAUAUCAUAUGCAUCUUAUUCGAUCAAUUUUUUUCUUUAUUCUUUUAGUGGUGUUGCAUUUCGAACACGUCUCAAACAAAUUUUUAAUAAAUUGCGUUGA